GUUUAUCUGACGUGCGAGAAUUAAAAAAAAAUAAAAUGGAUUGAUAAAAAAAGAUUCUUAUCAAAAAAAAUUAAUUACCUUCGAAUAAAAAAGCAUAAAAUCAUCAUGAAUUCGUUAAAAGCGGGUUCAUUGCAGUCCCUGGUCGAAUCGGAUCGCGGUUCAAACGAUUCCUUCCUCGCAGAAUCCUUAAAUUUGGACAUUGAAGAUUUAGACGAUGCGGAGUACCUCAUUCCUCAAGUUGAUCAAAUGCCGACGCUGGAAAGUGUCCUGAAUGACUUGAACGGCGACGACGCAAAUUUCGAUGAAUUAUUUCCGAGUUCUUUGGUGCCUCCGCCAGCAACUCCAACGCCCUCAACUACGAGUUCGGAUGCUUCGCGUCCCGGAAAUGCCUCGAUUUUGCGACUUGUGAUGCUGAAAGCGGUUUCGACGCAAAUUACCUCCGCUGCGGAUCGAAUAGGAGCCGGUUUGGCAACUUGUGUCGCGGUUUCCCAAACAAUUGCUGUUGGAAUGAGUCACGGGCACAUCUUGAUGUUCGGCGAAAGUCAAACGCUGAAGUGGUGUUGUCAAGAUUUUUUGCAAGAUGGCGCUGUUUCGUGUUUGGCUUUUAAUGAAGAUGACUCUCGGUUAGUUGUGGGGUACGCUAGAGGGCGUCUUGUGAUGCUGGAUACGGCAAAAGGGAAUGUUUUACGGAGUUUGACGGAUGUUGUCGCCCCAAAUACGGGACUUUUGCACAUAAAAUGGACAGAUAAGCCGAAUUUGGCGCUUUGUUCUGACACGGGAGGUUCGGUAUGGUCUUUGAGUUUUACUCGGAGGAUGGGAAUUCGCGGGUGUGAAAGUCGUUGUCUCUUCUCCGGGGCACGCGGGGAGGUUUGUACCUUCGAACCGUUGCUCCUGAACGACGAAGAUCAUCAUUUACGGAAUUAUACAAUCGCAGCUCUCGCAACUUUAUCGAAAUUUUUUGUCGUAAUGAUUCGUCCGAGACUGAGAAUUAUCAAAUUUCAUCCCCUGCCGGGUCCUCCGGAGUCUUUGCCACUUUUGGCAUGGCAAUUAGUCCUCAUCCAGCUAGCUGACAGUACAAAAACCGUCGAUCCGGUGCUCGCAACUGCCCGCGGGAACAAUCUCUUCUUCCAUCAACUCGCAUUUAAUGGCGGAAAAAUUUCACUUUUGUUUUUGCGACACAUCAAACUUCAGUAUAACCUUCUCGCGUUGCAUUGGAUUGGUCCGAAAUCGAUCGUUUUGAUGGAUGAACUCGAAAAAUUGCAUUUAACUGACGUUAGAACCAACAAAGAGCAAGAUUUAAUUGAUUUGUCGAAUUUAGGACUUGUUUACUCCUCGGCGCAGUUUAAGGGAUUGGCGACAGGAGGAAAUGUUUCGCCCGCUUUUGCACUUGCCGGGAGUUACGCUUGUUAUAAUUCCGUCGUGUCAUUCGGAUCGCAGCUUUAUAUUUUGGGCGGAAGGAAUUUGCAUGUUGUUAAUGCGAGGGCGUGGAGUGAGAGAUUGGCGUAUUUGACAUCGUCGCAGAGAUGGGAUGAAGCAAUAGAAAUAGCUAUUGAGGGAUAUAGGAAUGCAAGUGACAAGUAUAGGAGACUGCAUGUUGCCAAAGAGAGGAUUUUGGAGCUGAUUGGAGAUUAUAUCAAGGCGACGCAUCGAUCGCCGGAACUGUAUUUGGAUGCCGUGAUGAGUUGUUUGAUUGAAAUUAAUGAAACAUCACUUUUAUGGGGCGAACUCUGGGACCGCCUUUACACGCACGAAACAUAUUUAACUCUCAUCACGAGUCACAUCGAGAACGACGACAUAUCGACAAUUUCUCCCGCUGUCGCUCAAGCUCUUUGCGACUUUUGGUGCGAACGCGACGCCUCUCGCUUGGAAGAUCUCAUCUUGAAACUCGACUGGAAAUGCCUCGAUUUGCAUCAGGUGCUCACAAUUUCGAAAAAGGCUCGUCUCUACCGUGCUCAGAUCUAUCUAAACGCGAAUGCCUUAUGCGACUUUACUGCCUCUCUUGUCGAUUUGAUCCCUUUGAUAAAUUCUCAGCCAAAUUUAGGAAAUCAUCUUCUCGUCUACAUUUCGAGCUGUUUAGCAGGUCGAGGGUAUCCAACAGGCGAAAUUCCCGAAAAUCUCGUGCAAAACGUAAAACACGACGUUUUGCGAUGUCUCACCGCUUCACAUUCCGUUCAAAGUAACGACAAUGAGUUGCCUUAUCCGUACAUGAGAGCCCUUUUGCAAUACAGCGUCCGUGAGACAAUUAACGUUUUAUCGCUGGCAUUCCAAGAAAAGGAGUUUAAUGGCGAUUUGGGACUCUCGCAACGUCAACGCAUCAUGAAUAUCCUCCUCGAAGUACUUUCGCCCGAACAUUCCACGUGGAGUCAACGAAGUUGCUUGUUAAAUUUCAUCGCGAGUCAGAUUUCGACGAAUUCUCUGCCCGAAGCGGAUGUUUUUCUGUCAGUUGUCGUGCCGUAUCUCACCAAGGAGACCAUCCCCGAUGAAACGGUGCGCGAACAUUCGGAACGGGAACAAGCUUGGCUCGAAUUGUUGCGCACGAAAUGCUUGCCACACAUCCCGACGGACCAUUUAAUUGAAUUAUCGCAAGUUGCCAGGUGUCAUCGGGUCACGGAAUAUCUCUUGCUCGAACAAAAACGCUUCGAUGAGAUUUUGGAGACAUAUUUGUGUGAUCCGCGACGUCAUUUGGAGAUGAUUCACUACCUCUUUCGCUUCGCUAGUCAUCCGGAAAGGCAGAUUUACGAACAAAUUUUGCGAAAUUUCGAUGCCUGUCUUGAAAUCAAUCCGGAACAUGUCACAAAACUCGUUAUUGAGCAUUUCAAGGACAAAAUUCAGGAGUUAUCUGCUGCUUUAACGCCAAAAUCGCGGAAUUUAUUUGCAUUUUUGGACACUUUAGUGAGAGAAGGCGUCGUUUUAGAUCCAAAUCUGCAUGAAAUUUACGUCGAUUUGCUUUGUAUCUUCAAUUCUUCGCACGUUUUGGACUUUUUAAAGUCCACAGCGGAAACUUUUCGUCUCCAACAGGUCCUUGACAUCUGCAUUCAACACGAAAUUAAAGAUGCCUGCGUUUAUUUGUACGAAAAAUGUGGAAAUUUCGACGCCGCUUAUCAACUUUCACUCGAAACUCUCGUUCCGGGCAGCAAUAAUUUGGAAGAUCGUGCCAACGAGAUUACCGGACUUUGUACGAGAGGCUCCCAAAUGCUCUCUGCGGCGGAAAAAGAGAAAUUCUGGUUCCAAUGGCUCGAAGUUGUCCUGAAUCGACCCGAUUUGUACGGCAUUAUGAAGAGUGCGUUGCAUGCCGCAAGUGCCCAUGUCGAUUUAACGAACCUCGUGCAGCUCGUUUUGAGUCACAGUGCACGUCAAGGAAAUUUUGGCGACAUCAAAGACAUUCUCGUUUGCAUGCUGAGCAAUUCCAAGUACGAAGCGUUCUCUCUGAAAAAAGCCGCGAAUAUUUUAUCCUCGGAUUUGCACGUGAAACUCGAAAAGGAACUCCAAAAAUCGCGUCGUGGAUUGUGCGUCAAGUCAGUAAAAUGCAUGGUUUGUCGCAAAAAACUGAAAAAUUGUGAAAAUAUUUUUGUGUUUGGCUCGUGUGGACAUGCCUUGCAUGACGAAUGUGCGGAGGUUCAGCAAAAAUUACUCGGGAAAAUGGAAUGUCCGAGAUGCGGGCAGCAAUUGGAGGAUGAGGCGAUGAGCGUUGAACUGCAUAAAACGAGCAAUUUGUAUCUCGAAGGCGUGAAAAUUGUGUCGAGCAUGACUUUGGAUACUCGGGCGCCGCCAUAUUUGCAGAAUUCGAGCAAUCAUCGAUCGUAACUGUAAAAGAAAAAUUGUGUUUAGGUUAUUUUGUGUUUUCUAAUCUAUUUCAAGUAAAUUGUACCAAAAUGUAUGUAAAAGUGA